AUGCGAAAACGUAAUGAAGAUUUCGAUGACUAUUAUGAUGUACAUGAGGAGAAUUGGACACAUGAUACAUUUGAGGAACUAGAAUAUACCCAGAGCCUAGAGAAAAAUAUAAAAAAAAAACUAAGUAAAGAAGAGUCAAAACAGAGUAUAUUUUUCUGCACAGAUGAUAAAUCAAAAAUUAUUAAUUCUGAACAAGUACAAUCAAACAGCAGCGAUGUGUAUGUAAUAAAUAAUCUAAAACCAUACAAGGAAGACAAAGAUAGCAUCAAUUUAAACAUUAAUGAAGCAAUUGAGGAGGGGGGAAAUCAUCAAAAUGAACCUAAAGAGUUGUUAAAGAAUCUAGCUGAUGAAAUGGAUGAUGAACACACUGAUGGUCAAAUUAGCAACAAAUUAAGAGAAAGCAAAAAAACAGACCAAGAACUAUAUUUAUUUAAAGAUAUUUAUAAAGAGUUAGAAAAUUCCCCAAAUGAUGAAAAGGAUGACAAUUACUCAUAUGAAGGAAACCUUUGCAAAAGAAGUGAUAAUGAAGAAUUUUUGCAAAAAUUAGAAUUCAUGAGUAGUAACAACGAAUCAGACAAUAUGGAAGAUCCUUCAGGUAAUUUAUUUAAUUUGAACAAAUCAUCUAUGGAAUUGUGGGAUAAAAUAAAUAGCAACGAUGGCGAUUAUGGAGAUUAUGACGAUCAUGCCCAUUAUGGUGAUUAUGACAAUUUUACAAAUGAAUGUGGUACUAGUCAUCAGGAUAGUAGCACAUUUCACCAUAGUAAACAUAGCAACUAUAAAGAUUAUAAAGAAACAUUCGAAAAUGAAAAAUAUGACAACUUUGCUUAUAAUAACAGCAAUGGAAAUAGCUCUAUUAUGAAGAGUCGAAAUGAUGAUAGCGAAAAGGAGUAUGAUUUAAAAGGAGAUAGCCAUUUUUCUACCUUUUUAAAAGAACAACUGGAUAUUAGCGAAUCUGAAAAAAGUAGCAAAGGCGUGCAUUAUUUUAAAAGACAUGAUAACUUAGAGGAUGGGGUAGCAAGUAGAAAUGCAAAAUAUAAAAUGAGAAGAAAAAUUGAAGAUAUAAAUGAUGAAAUAAAUUGCUCGUAUGGAAAGGAAGAUGCAUGUGUUAAUGCAGUAAAAAUUGGGACUAAUAAGAACAUAAUGCAAAAUGAUAAAUUUAUAGAUAAUAAUAGCAAUAUCAUUGGUGAGGCGUCCUUAAACAACUCACACAAUUACAAUUUUUCAAAUGAUAAUAGCAACAUUAGUUUAAAUACUCCUAACAUUCAUGUGAAAAAAAAAAAAACAAUUGUUCUUCAUAGUAAGGAUGACAAUGUUAUUAAUAAAAAUAUAUGUGAAGAUAGUUUAAAAACCAGCGCGUACGGUUACCUCUCCCGUGAUAGUAACCAAAUCGGAAAAAUUAAUAAAAUGGAUAGUCAUAACACAUCUGCGAAAUGCAGUUAUCAGAGCAGCAAGGAAAACGGUAAAGAUGACCAUGGCAAGGAUUCAAUCAAAAGGUCAGUAGACAAUGAAAACAAGAACAAUGACAUGACAUAUGAACAAAUAAAUACUACUGUGAGAUCAAUAAAUAACAUUAAGAAAAACGCAAGAGGACAGAAUGGUCAAAUGAAGCAACUACCGAAAGGUGACAACACAACAGGGUUUCGAAAAAGGAAAGUCGAUAACAAAAAUGACAGGGAUGGAAGUGGUAGAAGUGGUAGAAGUGGUAGAAGUGAUAGAAGUGAUAGAAGUGGUAGAAGUGAUAGAAGUGGUAGAAGUGGUAGAAGUGGUAGAAGUGGUAGAAGUGGUAGAAGUGGUAGAAGUGGUAGAAGUGGUAGAAGUGGUAGAAGUGGUAGAAGUGGUAGAAGCGAUAGGAGCGAUAGUAAUAAUGACAGCAAAUCUUUUAAAAGCAUGCUUGUAGACCAAAAAAAUACUCAGAGAUAUUCCCAAAAGAAGCAAAUAAAAAAUGAGGAUUUUGUGAAUAGCAGCUCAGAUAGCGAUUUUAUUUCGAUAAGUAAGGAAAGAGUUAAGGAUAAUGCAAAUACGCAUGCUACAUGUAACAGUAAUGACAGCACCGAUAUAUGCAUUGAUCUAAAUGAUGAAGACUCGUGGGAAGAAACUGACAAAUCAAAGGGAAAAAAGGGAGUUGCAAGCAAAAAGGUUGUAGUAAAUAAAAAGGGCGUUGUAAGCAAAAAUGGAGUUAUAAGCAAAAAUGGAAUCGUUCCAACUAUAAAAGAUAAAAUCAAAAAAUCAAAUAAGAAGAAUGAAGAAGAGGGAAGUAGUACAGGGAGGAUGAAGUAUAUGAACAAAGAAGAAAGAGAGAAAAGAGACCCUUCAAUUGAGCAGGAUGACCACAAGAGCAAUGAUAGACUAAAGGAGUUGGGGAAGGAACUAACUAACCAAAUUUACAAACUAGAAAAAGAACAAGAUAAAGUUAAAAAAUUAGAAUACGAAUUAAUUGCUAAAAGUGCAGAAAUGGAACUAGAGCGAGAAGAAAUGAAAAACAAAAUAGAUGAAGAAAAAAAAAUAAUGAAGAAAACUAUAGAAGAAGAAAAAAAAAAAUGGAACAAGGAAAAGAAGAGAAUAGAAAAUGAGAUAGAUAAACAGAGAAAUAUUAUAAUGAAUAAAAGAAAGCUAACAAACGAAAUUGCAAUGUUUAAAAAUAAAAUUAAAGAACUUGAAGAGAAAAUUACAGCAGAAAAAAGACAACAUAAAAUAGUUGUCGACAAAUUAAAAAAACAAGUGGAAUCUUUACAAAUUGAAAAUGAAAAGCUUAAAACCGAGUUAAAAAUAUCAGAUGAGUAUAGAAGCAAAUUAGAAAAUUAUCAGCAAAAAACUAUUAUGAAAUUAGCAACAAAUGUAAUUCAAGAGAAGACAACAAAAAAUGAGGAUAUGAAAAAUUCUUUGCAUUUUUCUGAUUGCUCAGAAAAUUCUAACAAAGUAAAGAAAAUAUCAAAUAUUCAAAAUAAAAAUACGCUAAAUAAUAUAGACCUAAUUGAUCAAAGCUCAAGUAGCAAUAAUAACAAAAUAUACAAACAUGUCCAAAGGGGAAGCGAUCCAUGUGUAGAAAAAUGGAAAGACAUAAAAAAAAAAGAAAAAAAAAGUACUCUUGAUAAUUUAUUUGUUCAUAAAAAUGAUAUGAAAAAUGCACGAUCUAACGAAAAUAACAACACAUUUAUAGAUAAAAAUUUGAAAAAAAUGAAGUCCAUAAUUCAGAGAAAUAGAAACCUACAGUGUAAGGACAAAAUAUAUAAUGAGGAAGACAUUUAUAGCAAUACUACGAAUGAACAUAAUAAACAUUACAAAGAGUAUUUUUUUGAUAACUCCCCUAAAAUAAAUGAGAAUUUGUCAUACAAUAGUGGUUUCAUGUUCGAUGAGAAAGGAAAGAAUGACCUUCAUGAAGAGCUAAUCAGUUCCACCUUUUUAAAUGACUACACAAAGUACUACACUAAGAAUGAGAAGAAUAAAAAGGAAUUAGAUUUAGGAACAAUGGUGGACAAAUUGAAUGGAGAAAUACCCAUCGAAAAUUCAAUCAUAAGAUAUGGCGAACCAAAUAGAGCCACGGUAAAUUCUCACAGUGGUAAAGCAUCAAGCAAAAUGCAUGAUCUCAUAGAUAACGAAACCGUAGUGUAUAAAACAAACAACAAGAUAAUUAAUUGCUAUUCAAACAUGUUGGCAACAACCAAGAUAGGUAUAAAUAUAAAAGAUGAUUAUCCAGCAAAUUUUUCAAAAAAUGGGAAGGAAGAUACAUCAAAUAAUAGGGCUAAAAAUGGUACUAAUAAUAAUAACCACGCUGAGAAGAAAAAUACAUUGUUAGAAUGCCAUGAGAAAGAUGGCACAUAUGUUUCUAACAAACAGAAUGAUGAUAUGAAGGGGAACAUAAUAAUAGGAAAAAAGAAUAAGUACGAUAAUGAUUGUGCAAAAAAAAAUAAUUUAGAACCGAGAUCCUGCUCGGAGAGACCUAUAACUAAUAAUGUUAACAACCUAAACCCUUUUGGCAAAAAUUGGGAUUUCAUAAUAAACUUUAAUUUUGAUGAAUUAUUUAACAGUUGUGAAAAUGUAAUCGAAUCAAUGUUUUCAUCAACCAAGAUAAUGAAAUAUAGACAGGCAUUCAUCGAUGGAAAGGUGGAAACGUUAUUUGAAGAUGGCUUAAGAAUAAUUGAAAAAAAUAAAAACAAAAAAAUUGUCGAUCCCUCAAAUUUAACUAUUUACCUUUACCCCAGUAAGGAUUACAGAGCACAGCUCCCCAAUUCAUACACGCUAUUUCGAUUUGUCAAUAAAGGCAUAUAUCAAGUGAACAUACCUAAUAAGUGUCAGCUGAAUAAGUUUCCAAAUGGCCAAAUAGAUUGCAAAUACAUCGAUGGUCACACACAAAUUUUAUUUUGCGAUGGAAAAAGGAAGGAAAUCCUACCAAACAAGGAGGAAUAUGCCAUAUUACGUAACGGAACAAUAAAAAAGAUUAAUUAG